AAAUGCAAGGGAGGGGGGUAAAGGAAAAGGGGGAAGAAGAUUAGCAGAGAAGUUUAUGAUUUGGGAGAGAGAAGCGGAAGGAUGGCCGAAUCCUUUCCGUUCCGUGCGUUUGAAUGUGACGGUAGUUUGGUGAAACGAAAAUGCCCACUAGGGCAGGCGAGGGGAACUUUCGAGUGGCGAUCUUUUGGAGGCAUUUGAUCGGGAUCGGAAAAGUUUCUUGACAUUCUUUACCGAGCACUUUUCUUCCACGCGAUCAAACGCUACAAGUAAAACUGGGUUAGCCGUUGCUUCAGGAGGUCUUCUGAAAUCUGUCUCUUCCUGCUGCCCCUCUCCUUGCCGAGAAGCCGAAAUUCCUCUCUGUGCCACGGCACGCCCAUACGCACACACAUAUUCUGUCAAAUUACCCCAAAAGUUAACCUCCUCUGCUGGAGAGAGAUAGAGAUAGAGAGAGGCUUUUACAGGGACAGAAGACUCGACCAUUCAUAAACGGAAAUAAGAACAAAAAAAAAAAAAAAGAAAGAAAGAAAGAAAGGAACCCAGCAGCACCUGCCGCCGCCAUGUUUUCCACUCGUUCCCGACGAAUUCCCCUCGUCUUCCUUCGCCAUUUGAGCUCAGCAUUACCCGCCGCCUCCAUUUUGAACCCCCAAAGCCUUCCGUUUCUCACCUCCAGGCAGAAGUCCCGAAAUGCCCUCGCGCUUCUGAAGUCCGAGGAGGACCCUGAUCGCAUUGUUGAGAUCGCCCGGGCCGCAUCUCUUUCUACUCAGUCCCACCUGGACCGCAUCUCCUUGUCUAUUGCCGUCUCCAAGCUCGCGGCCUCUCGGUCCUUCGACACCCUGCACAAGUUCCUUGAGGAGCAGAAGAAUCGGCCUGACUGCCGUGAUGAGAGAUUUGUCAACAAGGUGAUCAUCCUCUAUGGUAAAUCUGGUAUGCUUCACGAAUCAGUCCGGACCUUCGAGCAGAUGGACAAGCUGGGCCUUCGCCGCACUGUGAGAUCCCUCAACGCCCUUCUCUCUGCUGCCGUCGCCUCCAAGAACCACGAAGAGGUUGGUAGGAUCUUCACUGAAUUUCCCAAAGCUUUCACUAUCAAGCCGGAUUUGGACACGUAUAAUACAGUGAUCAAGUCACAGUGUGAUUCUGGUAAUUCCAUGUCUGCUUACUCGAUACUGGACGAGAUGGAUAAGAACAAGGUCCACCCGAAUGAGAUCUCAUAUGGGACGUUGAUGGCUGGGCUGUACGCAGAGGAACGAUUCGAUGAGAUUGCGAAAGUUCUGGAUUUGAUGAAGAAGAAGGGAUGCAGUCCGAGCUUGACCACAACCAACUUCCGCCUCAAGAGUCUCUGUAAACUGGGGAAGUCAGUGGAGGCGAAGGCAUUACUUGAUGGGAUAAGAUCGAGGGGGAUUCUUCCGGACGUGUUUGCGUUCUAUAAUCUGAUUUAUGGAUUCUGUAAGGAAGGUAACCUCGAAGAAGCAAAGAGUAUCUUCUUUGAGAUGGGGAAGAAGAAGAACCCUGCUCCAAGCAGCGAAUGCUAUUUCACAUUGAUAUAUUACUUGUGCGAGAGUGGGGACUUCAGUUGCGCAUUUGAUCUUUGUAACAAGUGCAUGGAGCGUGGAUGGGUGCCAAACUUUACUACCGUGAAGUCUUUGGUGAAUGGGCUUGCGAGGAAUGAAAGGGCGGAGGAGGCGCGUGGAGUUGUGGAGAAGGUAAAAGAGAAGUUUCCUGGUAAAGUAAACAUGUGGAUGGAAGUGGAGGAAAUGCUACACUAGACUUCUCUUCUGUCUGCAAGUUUUAGUUUGAACUUUAACCAAAAUGUCUGCCUUUCCAGUUUCGACAAAAAUGGUCAGUGUAAGCAAGAACACACCUCACUUGAGGGAUCAGGUUUGAGACUUUUAGGGCGUGUUUCUUUGCUGCUCCGAAAAACUGGCAGAAUAUGACGUUUUGUUUGCUGUUGCGCGAAUAACUGCAGGUGUUUCAGGAGAUGGCUAUAUAUGUUGUCCGUUUGAUUUGGAUUUUGGA